AUGAAUAAGUAUUUGUAAUGUGAUAGUAAAUUUUGGUCAAUAACUAUUGACAAUGAAAAUGAUACAAAGUUAUAAAUUAGAUAUGGAAAUUUAUGUGAUUAUGAAGAAUUGAAUGUAAAAAAAGUUGAAAAGUAAUUCCCAUCAAAAGAAGAAUGUUAAAAAUAUUAUGAAGAAGCAUUUGAAAUUAAACAAAAUAAAGGAUAUAUAGAAGUAUAACCAGGUUAAUAAAUCUAAUAAUAAUAAUAAUAAUAAUAAUAAAAAUAAACAAAAAAAAAGGAUUCACCUGUCUAAAUAAAGUAAUAAUAAAAAUAAAACAAUAAUAUUAAAAGAACUGGAUCAAUAAAACCAGAUACUAUAGCUGCAAUAACUGAUGAUGCUUUAAGAGGAAGAUAAUAAGCAAUUAAAGGACCGGCUGUUGAUUUAGGAAAAGGUACAAUACCUUUAGGAAAAGUAAUGUUAGCAUAAACAUGGAAUGAAGAUAUUGAUCCAAAAGGAUAUUAUUUAAGUGAGAAAUUAGAUGGAAUGAGAAUGAUUUGGACAGGUUCUAAGAUGUAUUCAAGAAAUGGUAAUCCAAUAUAAUUUCCUGAUUUUUUUGUAUAAGGAUGGCCUAAAUCAUAUUUAGAUGGAGAAUUAUGGUUAGAGAGAGAUUAAUUUUCGAAAUUAGUUUCAAUAACCAAAAGAUAAGUUCCAGUUGAAGAUGAUUGGAGAAAAGUUAAAUACAUGGUUUUUGAUGCUCCAGGAUUAAAAUUACCAUUCAAAGAUAGAUAUUUAAGAUUUAAGUAGGCAUGUGAAUAAGGAAAUGAAUUUAUAGUUUAUGUGCCUCAUAUUGUAUGCAAAGGUUAUGAUCAUUUAAUAGAUGAAUUGGAAGCUGUUUAAGAUAAAGAAGGAGAAGGAUUAAUGUUAAGAGAUCCUGAAAGUAGUUAUGAAUAAAGAAGAUCAGAUAAAUUAUUGAAAGUUAAAACAUUUAUGGAUGAUGAAGCUACAGUAUUAGCUCAUGAAGAAGGAUCAGGUAGAUGUUAAGGAAUGCUUGGAUCUCUAAAGGUUAGAAAUACUAGUGGAAUAAUAUUUAAUAUAGGAUCAGGACUUACAGAUGAUAUAAGAUAAAAGCCACCAAAGAUUGGUUCUACAAUUACUUAUAAAUAUUAUGGAGUAUCUAAAAGUAAUGUACCUAGAUUUCCAAUAUAUUUGAGAGAGAGACCAAAAGAAUGA